CGCCUGGUUCUCCGAGUCGGACGGGAAGGCUGAAGUUUUCUCUCUCUUCCUCUUGCUACGUGGUGUCCGGUUGUUCUCUAAACUGAGGAAAAUGUGGAAUCGCCGGCUAUUCGUGGCCACUCUCUGCCUCCUCUGGGCUGGGGUGCGGCCUCAGUAUGAGCGCUACAGCUUCAGGAGUUUCCCGCGCGACGAACUGAUGCCCUUGGAGUCUGCCUACCGCUACGGCCUGGACCAAUACAGCAAUGAGAACUGGCCCGAGAGCGUGAGCUACCUGGAGAUGAGCCUGCGGCUCUAUCGCCUUCUGCGGGACAGCGAGGCCUUCUGUCACCUCAACUGUAGUUCUGUCCGCAUGGAGGAAGAGAAGGAGGCCUACCGUUUCCACGGUUUCCCGGAGCUGCGCUAUUUCGGUGACAUACUACGCAGAACGCAGUGCCUGAAGCGCUGCAAGCAAGGGCUGCCGGCCUUCCGCCAGUCUCAGCCUAGCCGGGAAGUCCUGGAAGAAUUCCAGCGCCGCGAUCCUUACAAGUUCUUGCAGUUCGCCUACUUCAAGGCAAACAAUUUUCCAAAAGCUGUUGCAGCUGCACAUACAUUUCUUCUGAAACAUCCGGAUGAUGAAAUGAUGAAAAGGAAUAUGGCAUAUUACAAAAGCAUGCCUGAUGCUGAAGAUUAUAUUAAAGAUUUAGAAAUCAAAUCGUAUGAGACUCUCUUUGUCAGGGCAGUAAGGGCCUACAAUGGAGAAAACUGGAGGACUUCAAUUUCAGACAUGGAACUGGCACUUCCUGAUUUCUACAAAGCCUAUGAUGAUUGUACAGCUGCCUGUGAAGGCUCCCGAGAAAUCACAGAUUUUAAGGAGUUUUAUCUGUCUAUCGCAGAUCACUAUACUGAAGUUCUUAAGUGCAAACUGAGAUGUGAAAUUGAUCUGACACCUGUCAUAGGGGGCUACGUUGUGGAAAAAUUUGUGGCAACUAUGUAUCACUACUUGCAGUUUGCCUAUUAUAAAUUGAAUGAUUUGAAGAAUGCAGCUCCAUGUGUUGCUAGUUACAUGCUUUUCGACCAGAAAGAUGAAGUGAUGAAACAGAAUCUUGUCUAUUACCAAUAUCAUAAAGAUAAAUGGGGACUCACAGAUGAAAAUUUCCACCCUAGAGCUGAAGCUAUUCAAUAUUACAAUGUAACAAUGCUUCAGAAAGAAAUGUAUGAAUUUGCUAAAGAGUAUGUGAUGGAUGAUGAAGAAGAUGAAGUCAUAGAAUACCUUGAUGAACUCCUGGAAGUAGAAGAUGGAACACAGUGACUUUUAACAAGUAAAGAGGGUUAAGAAGCGAAUAUUCACCUUUGCAUCUAAGUAUUUUCAUGCAUCGUUUUUAGCUCAGAUUUAUAAAUACCUCCAGUCUUUAUCAAGCUUCAUAAGAUGCCUGACUCGUCCUAUUAAUUUUCUAUCUUGUCAUUCAGCUUAAACUUGUUUUCUUUAUUUCCUUUUAAAAAUUAUUAUUAUUAAAUUUCUUUGCCACCUAUCUCACUAUGGGGCUACUUUAGACAGCUCUCAAUCAUAAAAAAUAAAGAGAUAAAAAUGAAGUUUAAACAAGUAAAAAUAGAACAAUGUGGAACAUUUUGAGCAAUUUUUUCUAGUCAUUCUAUUGAGCAAAGGCAUUGUGAUUUAAAUGGGAUUUUGAUGAGAGAUAUGGAUCUUUGUGAUUUGUUCUGUAUGAAAAGAGUUUUCAAAUAAAGAAUAGAAAAUAAAUCCUUCAAAUAAAUAAAGACACAACUCUAUAAUUUUAAA